UCGCUGUACAACCAAGUCUGGAACUGAAGCCGCAUAAAGCUCGUCAGUCGUCCUCCGGCGCAACGGAAGAAAGCAAAGCAUUUGUGCCUUUGUGGUCGUUGGCGUGGUAACAGGACUGUGCGUGUUCCGUCGUUCCCGCAUUUGCUUCCCGCUGCAAACGGGCUUAUUGGGCAAGAAUAAGAUACGGAGGAUUUAUCUCGAGAAGAGAAGUUCACACAGACGGUCGACGCGCUUCGUCUUUUCCUUCCUCGUGUCACUUGGCUCUCCUGUCCAGGCCAAAGAGGAAAGCGACUGUUGGUCCGCUGAUCUGUAUCGCCAUAACGGGUCGAGGCGACCACCGAGAGGACGUGUACCCCUGCCCUAGCGCCUUUUGUUCCAUAACAAACGGAAAGUGGAAGAAAAGAGGAAUCGAGGAAGAAGGAUAGAUGUCGGUGCUGGUGGUGACGAGCUUGGGAGAUAUCGUUGUCGAUCUGUUCACGGAUCGCUGCCCUUUGACCACCAAGAACUUCCUCAAACUUUGCAAGAUCAAAUACUACAAUGGUUGCCUUUUCCACACAGUCCAGAAGGAUUUUACUGCUCAAACUGGUGAUCCAUCAGGAAAAGGCACUGGAGGUGAUUCCAUUUACAAAUUCCUUUAUGGUGAACAAGCUCGAUUUUUUGGUGAUGAAAUUCAUCCUGAUUUAAAGCAUUCCAAGAAAGGAACAGUUUCUAUGGCAAGUGCUGGGGAAAAUCUCAAUGCUUCUCAGUUCUAUUUUACAUUGCGUGAUAACCUUGACUACCUUGAUGGAAAGCACACUGUUUUUGGAGAAGUAGCAGAAGGUUUUGAUACUUUGACAAGAAUAAAUGAGGCAUUUGUUGAUGAAAGCAGCAGGCCGUUCAAAAACAUUCGAGUCAAACACACAUAUAUACUGGAUGACCCAUUUGAUGAUCCUCCUCAGUUAGCUGAACUAAUUCCUCAGGCCUCCCCCGAAGGGAAGCCUCCUGAUGAGAUUGAUGAUGUACGUCUAGAGGAUGACUGGGUGCCUUUAGAUGAGACAAUGGACCCUGAACAGCUCGAGGAAUCUAUGCGUGAAAAGGAAGCUCAUUCUCAUGCAGUUGUCCUUGAAAUGAUAGGAGAUAUUCCUGAUGCUGAAAUAAAGCCCCCAGAAAAUGUGUUGUUUGUCUGCAAACUUAACCCUGUUACACAAUUGAAGUUGAAUACAUACCUGUUUACAAUUGAAUAUGGGAAACUGCAGGAUGAGGAUCUUGAGAUUAUCUUCUCGCGUUUUGGGAAAGUAACAUCGGCUGACAUAAUCCGUGAUUAUAAAACUGGUGACAGCCUAUGUUAUGCUUUUAUUGAAUUUGAAACUCAAGAGGCUUGUGAAGCUGCAUAUUUCAAGAUGGAUAAUGUCUUAAUCGACGACAGAAGGAUUCAUGUUGAUUUCAGCCAGAGUGUCUCUAAACUAUGGAGGCAGUAUAGACGUGGUGGAAAAAGGAGUGAAGGUAAAGGCUGUUUCAAAUGUGGUGCCAUUGACCAUUUUGCGAAGGACUGCACUGAGGGUUCAGGUAGCACACCAGCACCUCAAAAAUAUGUUCUAAAGGACAGCAACACACAGCGUGGGAAUCAAACAAAAAGUUAUGAGAUGAUCUUUGAUGAUGAUGCUUUGGAAAGUGAGAAGCCACAUGAGGCACGCCAAAGCGAGCAGAAGGCUAAAGGAAGCUCAGAUAGAAGGAAGGAGGACAGGGCAUCGGACCAUAUUGAAGAUAGGAUGGACCGACCUGUGACUGGACGCAGGCAUAACAAGGAUGAUGUUGGUAGCCGUGAAAGCAGAGAUGCCAGUAACCGAGGGAGUGAUAGAGGCACCAGUCAUGCUGCUAAAGCAGAUGGAAGCCAAAGAGUCGGGGAAUCUAGCAGAUACAGCACAGAGAAGCAUUCAGACAGGGAGCAAAAGAGGCUUGCUGACUACCACCAUGAUAGAACAGGGGAUGGCAGAGAUGGGAGGAAUGGUAGGGAAGAAAGAAGAUACCGCAAUCAUGAAGACCAUGCACGUAGUCAUGGCAGAUACCAUGACCACGAUGAAGAUAGAGCUCGGGAUAGCGAGGGUCACAAGGAAGGAAGAGAGAAAGAUGAUGAAAGGAAAAGAAGUAGAGAAAGCAAACGUGGACUUGACAGGAGGGAUGAAAAUGAUGACAGAAGUAGGAGAAGAGAAAACAGAGAUCAUAAUCACGGCCAAUAUUAUGAUCGUGGUCAAGAUGGUCGCCGUGAAAAAAAUUAUGAUCGUCAUUCAGAUCGAAGGCAGCACUCUGACCAGGGCCAUGGGGAAAAACGAAAAAGAGAUGAUUAAAGGUUCUUGGCUAGCAGUAAAAGUAGUUGUACACCCUUCUGAGCUGAGACCUUAUAAAUAGAUAAAUGGCAAUUACUUUGAUUGGUUGAUCUUCCAUGAAGGGGAAACAAGCUUUUUGUCUGCAAUUGAAAAAGAAGACGUGACUCCUAGCUCCUUGUCCGAUUCAGCAAACCAAUAUAUUUUCUCGGCCAUUGAUUUUCCUUUUUUUCACUAAAUUGUUGGUUGAAACUGCCAAAAUUUUGAACGUAUAUCUGCCCUUGAGAUGCAUCUUUCUAUGUUUUUUCCAAGUACAUCUCGUUUGACCAUAUGAAGGACUUCUCUACAAGAAUGUAGCGUCAUAAUGGAAUCGGCAAUGUAUUUAAGUCGUUUUCUAUCCA